AUGAAGCAAACCUUCAAAGCACUUCUAUCAUCUGCAUCUUCAACCUAUCAGCUUGCAUCCUUAGGAGAACUACUAUAUCAGUGCCACUACAACUAUAGUGCUUGUGGACUUGGCUCUGAUGGAACAGAUAGGCUUGUACAUUUAGUGCAAGAGUUGCAGCACAGUGCUGAAUCUAAAUAUGAAGGUGGAACUUUAUAUGGAGCCAAGAUAACUGGUGGUGGUUCAAGCGGAACAGUUUGUGUAAUUGGUAGAAAUUGUCUCAAGAGCAGUGAACACAUUUUUAAGCUAUUCAUUUCAUUAUGA